CGUGUAGCAGUUAACAACGGCGACACGGCCGACAGACCCAAAGCAGCGUGUGUGUUUACAUUCAAUUACAUUUGUAUUAACAUUAACACUUUCGUUAACGUUAACGUUAACAUUAACAAUAACAUAUACAUUUACAUUUGCUUUUUUUGUUGUUGUAACUAUCGGAACUCUAAUUGUGUUUGUGCGUUGUUCUGUGUAAAACUCGAACCGUGAAUUUCAAUAACAACAAUUAGCCAAUUUUUUUUUUGCUGUGCACAUAUGUGUGUGUAGAUGUGUUUAUCAGUCCACGAUUUUAUUUAUAUAAAACAAACACAAAUACAAGUGAAAAACUUGCGCUAAAUUUAUAGCAUACGAUUCGAAUAGAAGCAAAAGCAAAAGUUCGCAUAAAAACGAACUUACUGACGCGCAACAACAUCUUCAACCGGGAUCAUGGACAAAUCCACGCUGACGCAGAAGAAUUACGCGAGUGUCUACAAUGAGACGACAAAGCCAAAGAAGCCGAAGCGCCGCGACAAGAGCGAUUUGGGUCCCGAUUUUGUGGCGCCCGAUGGCGGCUGGGGUUGGGUCAUCUGCCUGGCAGCGGGCCUGAACAAUUUCUUUAUGUUUCCGGCGCUGCAGCAGUACGGCCUGAUCUACAGGGGGCGCAUGGCGACGCUGGGAUUCGAUGCGAAGGAAACGACGAUCAUUGUGAACGUGGUAAUGACCCUGUCCUCGAUAGUGGGCAUCUUUAAUGGGGCCAUGUUCAGGCGUUUCACCUUUCGGCAAGUGGCCUUGGCGGGCUCAGCUCUGGGCUUUCUGGGCAUCUUCGGAUCGGCCUUCUGCACCACCGUCUGGCAGUAUAUUGUGUGCCUCUCGUUGAUUUAUGGUGUGGGUCUGGGCCUGGCCAUGGCAGCCGUUUCGCUGGCCGUGAACACAUACUUCAAGCAGAGUCGGCGACGCGCCACUGGCUUCUCCUGGACCAUAACCGGCCUGGGACCCAUCAUCUUUCCCUAUGUGUCCACCUUUCUGCUGGAGUACUAUGGCGCCCAGGGCACCAUUUUGAUCUAUUCCGGCAUCGCAAUGAAUGCGGUGCUCUGCGCCCUCACACUGCAGCCGGUGAUGAGACAUGUGCGCAAGCCGGAGAAGCCAGACGCCGAUGCCGUAGAUGAAAAGGAGCAACCCGAGCUGACCGAGGCCAAUGGCAACCUGCUGGUGCCGAGCAGCGAUCAGUGGUGCGACUACGAGUGCAAGUACUGCCAGUACCAGAAGCGCACCAAGCGCGGCAUCUUCUCCUCGCAGUACCUCUUCAAUGACGACGAUCCCGAGCAUCCCGGCUAUGAGAUCACUGACCCGGGCACACCCAUGCUGGCCCGGGCGAACGAUGGCUGGUUUGGCUCCAGGCUGUCGCUCGCCUCCGAGCGCCGGCAGGUGCUGUUGCGCCAGGCCUCCGUUACGGUCACAGCAGCUGCGGCAGCCAAAGGCAGCCGCGAGAAUCUAGACAAGCUGGAGGAAGGCAGCGAGUUGGAUCAGCAGCAGGAAUCGGGCGCGGGUCUCUACAAGCCGAACUACUUUAAUCGCGAACGUGAGGAUCUGGAACGCUAUGCGAGCAAGACGAGCGUCUACUCUAGGCCAGGCGGGGAGGAGCUGCUGCGCUGCACUUGCGCCGAGGACAAGGCGCUGCUUCAAAAGUCUGCCGAGGCACUGCGUCUCCAGACGCUGCAGGCCCUGCAGGCCGCCGAGGCUGCCGAGGAGGAGGCCAAGCGCAAGAUGACUUUCCGGCAAAAGGUUAGCAAAUUCUUCGAUCUGGACCUGCUGCGCAACUUUACGUUCGUGAAUCUGGUCAUCGGCAUGAGCAUCAUGAUGUUUGGCGAGAUGAACUUCUCGGUGCUGACGCCCUUCAUCCUGAACAGCUAUGGGUACACUGAUAAGCAGAGCUCCAUGGUAAUGUCGCUGCUGGCCUGCAUGGACAUCUCGGUCCGCUUCUUGGCGCCGCUCUGCCUCGAGAAGGUCAAGCUGGACAAUCGGGUGCUCUUCGCGUUUGGCAUUGUCUGCAUUGCAGUGGGUCGAGUCAUUGUCACUAUGACCUCCUCCUACGAUGUGGUUGUGGCCGUCUUUCUACUAAUUGGCUUUGGCAAGGGCUUUCGCACCAUAUUCUCGCCCCUGAUCAUACCCAGCUAUGUGCCGCUGCGUCGUCUGCCCGCCGCCUCUGGCCUGCAGCUGAUCUUCAAUACCAUCUUCUCCUUCGCCAUGGGACCCCUGCUAGGCAUCGUCACGGAGGCCUACGGCUACAGCGCCACCAUCCACACCAUCAACAUGCUCACGGCACUGGCACUGCUCAUGUGGAUCUCAGAGUCAGCGAUUCGACGUGCUCUCGGCAAGCCGUACAGUCCACCGGAACAAUAGCGAGCGGCACAAGCAUCCUGACAAAUAAGGGAACUGAGCUACUUAUGCGGGCCACCACUGUAAAAUUGGAUGAGCAGAGACCUACGUCAAAUAGCAUCGAUUUGCAAUACCUUGUGCAAAGUAUUACCUUAAGCAAUUUGAACUACCUUAAACUUUUCCCGUAAGCGCUUAAUUUAAGAAUCAACGAUCAAGCAUGAUUACUUUUUUUGCCAUAAGUACUUUUAGGUUUUAGCGCUGUUUUAUUUUUCCAAUAAUGUUUUUUUUUUUUACCACGGUACUGUACUUUUUGGAACAUUGAGUAUUUCACUUGGUCACAUUCGGUGAUUGUGAACUGAACUGAAUUAACAUUUAUUUAAUGUCCAACGAGCGAUUCAACCAAAUUUUAUUUGAUUUAAUAUUAUUUUUAAUGAGAAUAAACAUAGUUAGCAUAUUUAUGUAUACAAUGAUAUUUGUUAAGUCCAGCACAAGAAGCAGGCAAGUGGAUAGAAGAUAUAAUAUCUAGCACAACAUAUGAUAAACAUUUUUUUUUUUUCAAAUAGAAAUGUAGAAAUAUAUCUUAAUGGAACUCACAAAUUGCACAAAUAUCGCUUAGCAGGCACUUAAUAAGCAAACAAUAGUGACUAUAAAUGAUAUCCCAAUAACGAUUUUAGAAAGGACAGAAAACUCUCAAACGCCCUAUAUUGAGAAUAUAUAACUUGUAGCUUGUGUGCUUAUUUGCUUGUUGCCUGGUUAAUUAUUUCUGAAUAGCAGGCAUUCACAACUAAAUUAUUCAGAGGCAAUACAAUUAUAAGUACUAUAAGUUGGAACCCGAUUCAGAAAUCAACAAUUUUCGAUUGUUUUCGUGUGAUUAUCAAUUGGCAUUCAAAAAUUUAAAGGGGUAGCAUCAUAAUUUCUUUUGUGAUUUAUUGAUCUUUAAGGUAAAUUAGGUCAGAUUAUGGAAAUAUAUGUUUUUAGACUGUUAAGGAUCACUGGCAUUACAAAAAUCGUAUUAUAAAUUUGACAAAAAUAGCAAAGACAUAUAAUAAAAAUUGCCAGAUCCAGUUAUAAUUUAGUAUUGGUAUAUUAUCAUAAUUUGAAAUAUAAUAAACAAGUUUAACCUUACCCUAGAA